AUGGCUUCUGAAGUUCUCGAUUCCCUGCUACAAAUUUUACGCCAAAUCCUUAAACGCGACGAUGAUCUCACCACUCUUCGUGUAAAACUACGAAUUAUAUCCAUCCACGACAAAGCUGUGGUCUUGCAGUUGAAUCUCAAACAUUUCCCAGAAAAGGAAGCAAUUAGGGAGGCAGUAAAUACAACACAAGAGAUUAUUGAGUAUAUUUUCUCCCCAGAAAAUGUUUCAGAUUGUGGGUUUAUAGAGGCGAGUGUGAGACUUUCAAAUCAGUUGGGGGAAUUGGCAGAGGAGCUCGCCUCAACUGCCGGAGAUGUGGUGGAUUACUGCAAGAGUCCCGACGAACUAGUCAACAACGUACGAAGGCGGAGUGACUCAUCAUCAAGAUCUGCAAUAAGGCUGGAUGUCAGCCUUUUAUGCCUGUUGGCGAGAGUCAAGAGAAUUAUGCUGACUACUGCUUCAUCAACAAGAUCUGCACUCAAGAAUGAAGAUGAUGGUUUUCAUGAAGAUUUGACUGUAGCAACACAACUGGCUCUCAGCAUUUCAAACCGGUUGGGGAGAUUAGCGGAGAGAAUUAAGUGGACUGCUGUUGGUUCAUCAUCAAGAUCUGCACCGACAAGUAAGGAUAUCGUGGUUGGUUUUGAUGAAGAUAGGUUGCAGAUAUUGUCCUGGCUUAGAAGCUAUUCAUCCGAGCUGCAAGUCCUCCCUAUUGUGGGGAUGGGAGGCAUUGGUAAGUCCACACUCGCUAAAAUUGUUUAUGAUGAUACAUUCAUUACUUAUCAUUUUGAUUUUCACGCUUGGGUCACAAUAUCGAAAGAUUACAGUGUAGAAAGUAUUCUUUCAAAUCUGCUUGCUUCGAUGAAAGGAAAAGGAAUCCAAGCAAGGCUCUUUUUGUAA